GUUAACUUCUACCUUUCCCGAUGUAUUGACAGCCAACUACUAUCAAAGAGAUAUCCUAAGUUUGCUCUAUAUAUUGCGCAGCUGCUCCCAUUGUCUUCCCUCUGAUGAGUUCGAUUGUUUUGAAAGAUCUCUGAGAUGAAGGCAUCUCAACAUCAUGGGCCAAGGUUAUUCACUUACAACCCUUUCAGCGGGUUCGGCCGGGAUCGAUAUCCCUGAGCUAUCAGACUUGACCUAUGAAAAGUCCAUGGGUGGUGGGAGAUUCAUGAAGAGCAUCAGAGCAAGACAGCAAAAUGGACUCGUUUUUGUAAAGGUAAUCAUGAAGCCUUUCCCUAGCAUGGAGCUAGAGCCAUACGUUAAAGCCAUAAUCCGGGAACGCAAGUUGCUUUCCGAUGUUCCCAAUGCGUUAAGCUAUCAAAGGGUCCUUGAAACUGGCACCGGCGGCUACUUAGUUCGCCAAUACAUCCACAGCUCUCUUUAUGACCGGAUGAGUACGCGGCCUUUCCCAGAGGACAUUGAGAAGAAAUGGAUUGCCUUUCAGCUAUUAUGUGCUUUACGGGAUUGUCAUUCACUCGAUGUCUUUCAUGGCGAUAUCAAAACAGAGAAUGUCUUGGUUACAUCCUGGAAUUGGGUCUAUCUGUCGGACUUUUCAUCAUCAUUCAAACUAACAUUCCUUCCGGAGGACAACCCUGCUGAUUUCCACUUUUACUUCGACACAUCGGGGCGACGAACCUGCUACCUGGCACCUGAAAGAUUUCUAGAAGCUGGUGAAAAGCGAGAAUCUCAGCAAAUCAAUUGGGCUAUGGAUAUCUUCAGCGUCGGCUGUGUAAUUGCGGAACUGUUCUUAGAAUCACCUAUAUUCACCUUGAGCCAGAUGUACAAAUAUCGGAAAGGCGAAUAUAGCCCAGAACACGGCCAGCUAUCCAAGAUCGAGGACCCAGAAAUUCGAGCAUUAAUCCUUCAUAUGAUUCAGAUCGAUCCAGAAUCCAGAUAUUCUGCAGAAGAAUACCUAAGUUUUUGGAAAAACAAAGCCUUCCCGGAGUAUUUUUAUAGCUUUCUUCAUCAGUAUAUGUCACUCAUGACAGACCCUUCCUCGGGCAGAGCACAAGUCGAAGCCGAAUCCGCAAAUAGGGGAGAAGCCGAUGACAGAAUAGAGAGAGUCUAUCUUGACUUUGACAAGAUCUCUUACUUCCUGGGGGCAUCUACUAAGACAUUGAGAGAUGGCUCAAGCCGUACUUCAUCGAAGCUUACUGGCAACACUUUCCCUGUCCAACUCGACUUACCUCAGUAUGGCCUUCAAGGAUCAAGAUCAAAAUCUCAGCUACAAACAGAUGAUGGCGUCCUCAUCUUCUUGACACUCGUUGUAUCCAGUCUACGCAACACAUCAAAAGCAUCUUCCCGAAUCAAGGCCUGCGACAUUCUUCUUGCCUUCGCCGAGAGAUUGUCUGACGAGGCAAAAUUGGACCGCAUCCUUCCCUAUAUUAUGAUUCUGCUCAAUGAUCGCUCCGACUCUGUGAGGGUGGCUGCUAUACGUUCCCUUGCACAGCUACUGGAAAUUAUACAUGUAGUCUCUCCAGUUAAUGCUUAUCUCUUCUCAGAAUAUAUUUUUCCAAGGCUCCAGCCGUUUGUUACCAGUUCCAACUCAAACCCAAGCCCGUUGGUCCGUGCCGCAUAUGCAUCAUGCAUAGCAUCUCUAGCACAGUCAUCCCUCAGGUUCUUGGAUAUGAUACAGGCAUUACGUACAGAUACUCGCCUGCCGACCUUAAUACCAGCUGGUUCUGAACCCAGAUGGACCGAAGAUGCUACUUAUCAUAAUCUUUACGACGUUGCAAGGGUCGAUCUUCUUGAGUAUUUUGAAGCUCAUACGAAAGCCCUUUUAACUGACAGUGAUGCCUCAGUUCGACGAGCGUUCCUCGGUUCUGUCUCCAGCCUCUGCGUUUUUUUUGGCAACCUGAAGACCAACGAGGUCAUUUUAAGCCAUUUGAAUACGUACUUGAAUGACCGUGAUUGGAUACUGAAGUGUGCUUUUUUCGAAGCUGUCGUAGGAGUUGCAGCUUACGUUGGGAGCACAAGUUUGGAACAAUAUAUUUUACCUUUGAUGGUCCAAUCAAUGACUGAUCCGGAGGAGUUUGUCGUGGAAAGGGUUCUUCGAUCCCUUGCUGCGAUGGCUGAUCUCGGCCUUUUCCAGCGAUCGACCACCUGGGAUCUCCUUCACAUUACGGUUCGUUUUUUGGUUCACCCUAACAUGUGGCUCCGUGAAGCAGCAGUGACAUUCGUUGUCAACUCUACCAAAUUUCUACCUGUCGCCGACAAAUAUUCUAUACUUACACCACUUGUGCGGCCUUUUCUUAAGUUCAGCGUUGUAGGAUUUUCAGAGGGCGAUAUGCUUGAUGCAUUGAAAAAGCCACUUCCAAGAAAUGUAUACGAAUUAGCCUUUAUUUGGGCUGCCAAGGUUGAAAAGGGUAUAUUUUGGAAAGCGGCGAAUCGAGACGGGGCUUUCAGCCUAGGCGCCAAUGAUGGUAUAUUUCCCAGGGGAAGCCAGAGAAAUUUGAGCUAUUCUCUGGGCUCGCAGCCUAAGAACGAAGAGGACGAGCAGUGGUUGUCCAGAUUGAAAAAUAUGGGCAUGGGCUCUGAUGAUGAGCUCAAGUUGCUUGCUCUCAAAGAAUACAUAUGGAGAGUUUCUGCACGUCAGACAAAGGAGCCGGAAAAUGGAAACUCUCAUCUGAACAACGUUGUUACUUUAACGCAAUAUGAAGUGACUCCUCAGACUGUCUUCUUUGACAAGAACCAAAAUGUGAAACCACGCAGAGUCUCCUCAGCCAAAGAUCAACCCAGCAAAAUUGGAGAGCGCAGACCACAUACCAUUACCGAUGCUCUUCUCGAUGCUUCAACUACAAUUGAUAGCAGGCCCAAUUCUCGUAGAAAGCAUGCACGAUCGAGAAGUCAGCUGCAGAGGGAAAUGGGGCCUAUCCUAACGACUCCAAAGCAGAAUACCUUGGACAUCAUUCGAGCAGCUGGCAAGUCUCCUGCGUCAUCGCCGAUAGCAUCAUCACCAAGCGCUGCGCCAAGCCCAGGGCCCUUAUCACCCCCUGGUUCAGACACCGAGCGAAGACUUACUGAGGGAAGAGAAAGCCCUGCACAUGAAAGUUCAUCGACGCCGACUGAAGCCGAAAAUCCCGUGGUGAAAAGCCUAUCCACAGGUGUACAAAGGAAGUCCAGCGCUAUAAGCCUACUCAAUCGCAAGGACUCUGCGAAAGCUUAUGCGGAGACAAGCACAAGCUCCGCAAAUGCAUUUGGCAAAGUUGAUGUUCCAUCACAUCGGGAAAUGCCGCAGUCUCCCUUGUCCGUUGCUCAUGAUAGAAAAGCACUCAAGGAUAAACCGCAACAGUAUCAUGCCAGUCAUUCGUACGGUGGACGUAAUCCUGUAAUCCUUAGAUUACUUGAUAAUGUGUUCGCGGAGAAUUAUCCUACGGACCUUUUUGAUCUGGGGCCUUAUGUUAAGGAGAUAGAUACCAGGCGACCGAUCAAAAAAGCCAGCGGCAGUGAGACGAACAAGGUAUGGAAACCAACCGGUGGACUCGUUGUCAUCUUUGGUGAGCAUAGUGGAGCGGUGAAUAGAGUUGUAGUGGCUCCGGAUCAUGCGUUCUUCGUCACUGCGUCCGACGACGGUUCUGUCAAGAUCUGGGAUACAAGCCGUCUUGAGAAGAACCUGACACCUAGGUCUCGUCAAACAUACCGCCACUCUGUUGAAGCUAAGAUUAAAUCCUUGACAUUCGUUGAAAACACACACACCUUCAUUAGCGGUGCUACCGAUGGGAGUAUUCAUGCAGUAAAAGUUGACUAUAGCAAUGUUAACGAGACGGCUCGGUACGGGAAACUCCAACUAGUACGCGAGUACCAGCUACCAGUGACCGAUAACGGAACUGCGGAGUAUGCAGUUUGGAUAGAGCACUUUCGUGUCGAUUCACAGUCUACACUCCUCAUUGCGACGAAUACAUGUCGAGUUCUUGCGCUGGACAUGAAAACUAUGCUCCCUGUCUACUCUCUUCAGAACCCUGUUCACCAUGGAACACCAACUACAUUCUGUUGUGAUCGAAAGCAUAACUGGCUCUUGGUAGGCACCACACAUGGCGUUCUGGACCUUUGGGAUCUUCGCUUUCGAGUGAGAUUGAAGGCAUGGGGCCUUCCUGGAUCUGGUGCCAUCCAUAGAAUUCAAGUACACCCGACGAAGGGAAGGGGAAGAUGGGUCUGUGUGUCGAGUGGCGGCAGCCACGGGAACGAGAUCACUGUCUGGGAUAUUGAAAAAGUCCGGUGUCGAGAGGUGUAUCAAACAGAUUCACUGGGCGUCGGCACUCAAGGACCUAACGGCGAUGAUACCAAAGCAAAACAGACGCUUAUGGGUUUUAAGGAGUAUGAGGCGUGGCACGUCGAUAGCGACCGGCCUGAAGGGAUGCUGAGCCGGUUCGCUGCAGAAGGACCCUUGUCGGGAGCUGUCGAGCAAGCUUCAGGACCGUCGCUCUCCAAUACACCUUCAGGGAUAUGCGCUUUUGCUGUUGGAUAUGACUCACCUGAUGAUGGAAGGGAUAACAGUACUCGCUGCGGAUUUAUUGUUUCUGGUGGAUGUGAUCGCAAAAUCCGCUUCUGGGACUUGGCUCGGCCCGAAUUAUCAACGAUCGUCAGCGGGUUGGACGUUGUUUCGGAAAGCGGAGCAGCUGGGAAGCCGCGUUAUGAAUUGUCUCAGCCGGGACCGUCCCUCUUAGUGACCUCCGAACAUCUCCCUAAUGCUAGUGCUGCUGUCCCUACCGCAGGAACAGGUGGAAAGAGCAACAGCAGAAAAGGGGCGGGUGGAAGACUACCACGCAGUACCGUAAUUAGCCUACAGCAGCAACAGCUCCUCAAGAGUCAUUUGGAUUUCAUUCAGGAUGUCGCUGUGCUGCGGGUUCCCUAUGGAAUGAUUAUCAGUGUCGACCGAGCGGGGAUGGUUUACGUUUUUCAAUGAUAGGCAUGCUUUCAUA